AUGAAGGUCAUCCUCUCUGGUGCAACUGGCUAUAUCGGGAAGGAAGUUCUUAGCCAAGCUCUAAAUCAUCCUUCUAUCACCGAGCUCGUAUGUAUCACUCGACGUCCUCUCCCAGAGCCUUUUGCCACGAACCCUAAGGUCAAGGUCAUUGUUCUCGAUGACUUCUUAUCCUACCCUCCACAGGUGCUAUCAGAACUGAAAGGUGCAGAAGCUUGUAUUUGGGCCUUGGGAGCCCCAGCCUUCAGGAUGUCAGAUCUAGAGGAGUGCCGAAAGAUCGAAAUUGGCUUCACGCACGCUGCAGGAGAGGCAUUUGCUUCUUCUCUCGCACCCCAGCUGAAAGAGCAAGGAAAGACAUUUCGAUUUGUAUAUCUGAGCGGUGCCUGGGCCGAACGAGAUGCGAGUAAAAAGUUAUGGUUCAUGCCUCAGACUAGGAUGAUAAAGGGAGAAGUUGAAAGGGGACUUAUUGCUCUACAGCAAAAGGAGUCUAACAAUUUUGAAGUAACCGUUAUUAGGCCAACAGGAGUACUUCCGAAGUAUAUCAUGAUUCCCAAUCUACUCAUCGGGCUUCUCAAUUUCGUAAAGCUAGAUACAGUAGCGUCUGUUAUGGUUGAUGAGGCAGUUGGGGGGGUGAAUGGCCACAGGACUCUAGAAGCUUCGGAUUUGAGAGCCAAGGCGCAAAAGUUAUCUGCCAGUAAUAAGUAA